AAAGAGUUUGCUUUAAUGAAUUUAUUGUGUGAAAAAAACCAAUUCAAAACAUAUUUAUAAAUAAAUUUACAAAAGUUUUUAAUAAAUUUUCAACAAAUUUUGUAUGAAACAGCAGUUUUCUAUUAAACUACAGUUAUAAAUCGAUUCAUAUACGAUUUGGUUUUACCUUUGACAAAAAAUAAAAUAAAAAUUCAAAACAACAAUAAUAAAAAAGCAACAACUAAAAGCCCGUUUUUUGUUACGAUUUCUGCUUCUUCUUCAGUUUUUUUUUUAUUAUUUUUUAAUUUCCCCCCAAACUGCUCCACCAACGAACGGCUCCCAUAAACCAAAACAAACAAAAAAAGUGUUGAUUUUUUUUGUUGGUGUUUUAUUACGGUUGAAUUUUUCGGUUGUUCAAGAGAGUCAACUCAACUCAUUUAGUCAGUCACUUCACUCGUCUCAAUAUUAAUUAUAUGUAUGAAUGUACGAAUGUAUGUUGAUAUUAAUAUUGUUGUUGUUGCUGUGAUUUGUUCAGAAAACAAAAGUGCUAGUGUAUGAGUGUUAAAGUAUUAAAGAAAAUAAAAAAAAUAUAAAAAGUGUUGUUGUUGUGUGUACUUAAAGUAAAGAAACAACUACAGAAAAUAACAACAAAAAACAAAACAAAAUAGCUGACAAUUUGUCGUUGCUGUUUCUUCUUCUUUUAUUAUUUACUCAACUUUAACGCAAAGAGUUGUCAUUAAAACAAAACAAAAAACCAACAAGAAAUAUUUAAAUUUUAAUUAAAAAAUAUAAAAUAAAACAAAAAUUAAAUACGAAAUACGAUACAACUUGAAAUAAAAUACAGCAGCAUUAACAAAAUAUAAAGAAAUCAAAUACAGCCCAGUCCGACCGAAAAAAACGUGUUGUUAAUUUAAUAUUUUCACUUUUUAUUUUAAAAAAUUUAAGUUUUAAAACAAAAUAAAACAAAAAAAUCAAUUGUUAAGAAAAAUAUUAAAGAGUUUUUUUUUGAGAAAAAUUAUAAAAAAUAUUCUGUGCAAAGUUUUACGAAAAGUGAAUUUUUAUGAGAUUUUUUUUCAUCUAAUGUAGUAGUAAAACAUUGGAUUGCAAUUUGUGUUUGAAGCCAACAAACCCACAACAGGAUUUAUUUUUUUAUUUUACUUUCUUAUCUAAUCAAUAACCAUACACCAUCAAGAUUGUCUCAUCCUUUCAAGCUCACCCCAAAACAAAUUUAACUACCAUUCCAAAAAGUUUCAACUAAAUUUUAAUUUUUUGUCAACACACUUAUUCUACACGAGUAAUAAACAUCCAUGAUAUAUUGAAUUAGAAAAAGAUCAAAACAAAACACCAUCUAUUCGGAUCUUCCUGAUCGUGUGUGUGAUUUUUUUGCGGUUUUUACAUUAUGUCAGCAACUGAGCUGACAGCGUUCUGUUUUAUUGUCAUCACCUAGAAGCAGAAAGAAAAAUAUGCUUUACUAGCCUUUUAUCAGCAAGACCAAACAGUCUUGUUUUUUUUCUAUCUUUCAAUUAUUAUUUUUACACAAGAUCAUUGAAUUAAAACAAGUGAUAAUUAUAUUAAUCGCUCUUAACGCUGCAGCCGUCAACAGUUUUCCUAACGCAAAUAAUUAUAAUAAUAAUAAUAAAUCAUCAUGCCAUAUUUUCCAAAUAUCAGUAAAAGUAGCAAUAAAAUGAGCAGUAAUACCUCAUUGGACAAUACAUCGGAUCAGGAUUAUAGUGAAUUUUUAAGUGAAUAUUUACUGCACACACAUUCACCACACAAUGAGCCGGAAAUACAAUAUGAAGAGGGUGAAUUGGAAGCUGAAUGGUUAAUAUCAGCCGGUUUUCCACAAUUAACAAAACCAUUUGAACAGGGUUUGGAGUUGAGAACUUCAGAAUUGGAACCCAUAUUGGCCACGUUGUCUAAGCCCCAUGCUGAUGCCAUUAAACAGAGAGUGCGUACACUGAAUCAAACUGUUAGAGGUCGCACUAAAAAUCGCCAAAAACGUAAACCCGAUAUAAGAGAUGUUUUUCGAGAUUUUGAUGAAUCAAGCACUGGUACUAGAUCCCGUAGUGCGACGCCCGAUUCCUUGGAUUCGAUACCAGGUGAUGAGGUUUGGGGCAAUACAUCCAUACCCAGUUUUGUGAGUAUCUUUGAUCAUGGCAAUACAACGGACAACGGUAAUGGCCAUUCACCCUUGUUUUCGAGUAAAAAUCUCAAACAGAAAUUGAGACGUACACCAAGUGCUCCGCUUAAAGGUUCUACAGAUAUUUUCCGUGGUUCUCAUGUACGCUGUGAUAUACCACUGUAUUCGGCCGAUGGUAUAGAACUAUUGGGAUUUUCACGCAUUGGCACCAUACACAUACCAAGGAAUAGGAAUAGAUCGGGCUCUGAUCCUUCAUGUUCAGUGGGACGUGCCCGUGGUGAAUUAAUGACCCAAGACUCUCAAAGUGAUAAUAACACCUCGUCGGGUGAUUCUAGUGAUGAGUGUCUAUCCAAUCAUCAAAGAUUAUCAAAUUCCUCGUCGCCCGAAACAUCGCCACAAAAGAUUUUAAUCAGUAAAAUACAUUUGGAUACACCGCCACAAAGUGUGCAAAAUUCACCCUCCUCACGAGAUGGUAUAAGCUUUGAGAGUAUGUGCCGUGAGACCUCUAGUCAAGAUGGAGUGGAUACUGUCGAUAGCAGUGAUUUAUCUUUGGAAUUUUACUCCGACAUUGAUACAAUUAACGAAACUGAAUUGAAGCGUUUACAACCGUUAUUCUGGUUGGAACUAGCUUCCAUAUUCGAUCGUAAUCACGUUCAGCUGGAUAAACGGAAACCCGUUAAGCGUCGUCGCAAAGAAGAGGGCAACUUAUUUGGUGUCUCUCUGAAUGCUCUAAUCAGACGUGAUCAACAGAUAACGGGCACCGAUUCCACAUUGGUACCAUUGUUUUUGGAAGGUUUACUGGAGGAGCUAACCAAAAGAGGUGCCCGUGAGGAAGGUAUAUUGCGUGUCGCUGGACAUAAACAAAAGACUGAAUUACUUUAUCAAGAACUUGAAUCGAGUUUCUAUCAAAAACCAAAAAAAUUCCAACAACUCUUAAGCUCAGCCAGUGUUCAUGAUUUGAGCGCCCUGCUCAAACGUUGGCUGCGCGAACUACCCCAACCCCUGCUCACCAACGAACUCAUACAAUUAUUCUAUCAGUGUCAUGCUCUCCCGCCCACAGAUCAAGCCAAAGCUUUGGCCAUCAUUUGCCAAAUGUUGCCACACGAAAAUCGCAACACCCUUCGAACGCUGUUGCAUUUCCUCAACAAUGUGAUCGAACAGAAAGAUCUAAACAAAAUGAAUUUACACAAUGUGGCAACGAUCAUUGCGCCAUCGUUCUUUCCGCCCCGUUUCGUGCAUCCCAUUGAUAAGAACAGCAUAGAGGAUCAAGUCAAGAUGGCGGCACAGUGUUGCCGUCUAACGAAUGUUUUGAUAACGCGGGGCGAAACACUAUUUCAAGUGCCAAAUAAUUUGAUAGAAGAGUCGAAAUCUUCGAAUAAAACAAGACAGGGCAAACGUGGUCUACAUCGACGUGUAAAGGCUACCACAUCCCUGUUGCAUGUUAGCAACUCAUCCAAUAAUAAUAAUAACAACAACAACAUUAGCAGCAAUAACAACAACAACAAUACCAGUACCAUUUCUAUAGGUGAAAAUGGCAAUAUGGUAACACGUCAACAGUCAAUUAAUCCAAGUCAUGUACAUCGUUUAAUUAUUUGAUCGCAACCACAACAAAUAUUUUAAAACCCAGAAAUAAAUUGUUGUCGUUAGUUUAAACAUAUUAAACAAAUUAGACCAAAGUCUAACUCUAACACAAAAAAAGGAAAUAAAUUACAAACAAAAAAAGGUGUCUAAUCAAAGGAAAGAAAUCAUUUCAUAAAAAUUUUAAAAGAGGAGACCAGUUUUUCAGUCAACACUUAAGUUUGACCAAAAUGCUGGAACGAAAAAUCAAAUUAAACAUUGUGUGCAUAGUUAUUAAACAAAAGCUCAAAUAGGAGUAAAUCAUAAAUAAAUAUAAAUAUUAUUGUCUCUUUACUUACAUACAUACAUAUUUACCAAGAUAUUCAAACAAAAAAUAAAAAAAAUAAUUUUAAACUUAAUGUUAAACUUACGAUUUAGUUUUAAUGUUAAUCCCCCCCCAUGUAUUAUGUAUUUUUAUGUACAUUAUAUAGUUUAUUAUUUACUUUUUAUGUUUAGUUAUGUAGUAUAUGUAGUUAAUUAAUUAUUAAUUAAUUAGUUUGUAGUGAAUUUAAAUAAAAUAACAAACAAAAAAAAUAUUAUAUCAUUUAUUAAGUAGUCAUUAGAUCAAAAAAUUAUAAACAAAUACACAAACAAAAAAAUAUAUACAAUAAUUUUUAACAGAA